AUGAAAUCAAUUAUUCUGAUUGCCCUCAUUGCUGUAGCCUUUACAGCCAGAGUCUAAGAGAGAAAUAUGGCCAAAGUUUAAGCUGAUUUAGCUAAAAGCACAUAUGGAAAAGCUUUACUUCAUUUGGUUGAAUUACACUCUAUGGCUGGAGGACCAGUUUAGGAAUUGAUUGAUGCUAUUGAAGAACUUAUCAAUGAUUUAGAAGAAGAAUUAGAAGAAUUAGAAUUCAAUUUCAAAGUGAGAACAAAUGAACAUAAUGCCUUAGUAACCAGUUUAGAAUAAGACAUUCAAGAUGCUGUAAUUGGUAAAUAAUAAUUUAUAAUAAUUUAGAUGUCAAUAAUACAUAAGAUACUUUAGACAAUCUUCUCUAUCCAAGAAGAGCUUAAAUCUAAAGCAAGAUUGAUUCAGUUGUUGGAUAUCAAGAAGAAAAUAGAAAGAAUUAUGAUGAAGCAAUUUUAGUUAGAGAAUAAGAACAUGAAGCAUUUGAAGCAUAAGUUGCUGAAUUAAAUGAUGCUACUGCUUCAGUUGAUGAUGCUUUAGCUCUUCUUGCUUCACUUACAAAUCCAUCAUUAUUAUAAAUCAGAAGAUUCUAAAAUACACUCAAAAAUAUUGAAAACAAGAUUAGAUCAAGAUCAAGAAUGGCACCAAUGAUCAAAGCUUUGAUUAAUUUAGCUUCAAAUCAAAAUUUCUCAAACUAAGAUGUAUUGAAGAAUAUAGUUGAUGCUCUUAAUGAAUUCAGAAAUGCAGUAGUCGAUUAAAUCAAUGAUUUAACAGCUUAAGAAGCUUAAGAUGUUGUUGAUCAUGAGGCAUAUCUUGAAUAAUUAGAUGAUGAAUACAGUGAAUUCUAAAGAUAAAUUAAUAGAGCAACCGUUGAUUUGACUGCCACUAAUGGUAAAAACAUUUAAUUUAUUUUCUAUAGAGAAAAUUGAUUAAAUGACUGAAUUCAGAGAUUAAAGAGCUGCUGAUUAAAAAUAAUACACUGCUGAAUUAGAAUUAGAGAAUAAUACCUAUGCUGAAGAAACUGAUAUCUAUACUAACACUAAGAAUGAAUUCACCAGAGAAUUAGGAGUUAGUGAACAAGCUUUAGCCCUUGUUAAAAGUGUAGAUUUCUCAAACAUCAAAGUUUGAUA